ACAUUAACGAGUGUGAGGAGCCAGGCUCAUGCCCCCAGCACUGCUUCAACACCAUCGGCAGCUUCCGCUGCGCCUGCGAGCCGGGCUUCCAGCUCCGGGGCAGGAGAUGCUCAGACAUAAAUGAAUGCAGGCAGAACGUCUGCAGAGCUGAUCAGUUCUGCAAAAACACCCGUGGGGGCUACAGGUGCAUCGAUCUGUGUCCAAAGGGAAUGACCAAGACAGAAAACGGAACCUGUGUUGACAUCGACGAGUGCCAGGAGGGGACGCACGGCUGCCACUACAACCAGCUCUGCGAGAACACGCGGGGCAGCUACCGCUGCGCGUGUCCGCGGGGGCUCCGCUCGCCGGCCGUGGGCAGCGCCUGCGUGGAUAUUGAUGAAUGUGAAAACAGAGAUGCCUGUCAGCACGAAUGCAGAAACACUCUUGGGAGUUACCAGUGCACUUGUCCCUCUGGUUAUCGUCUCAUGGCCAAUGGCAAAACCUGUCAAGACAUUGAUGAGUGCCUUGAACAGAACAUCCACUGUGGAUCAAACCAGGUGUGUUUCAACAUGCGAGGAAGCUACCAGUGCAUAGACACGCCUUGUCCCCCAAGCUACCAGCGCGAUCCUCUUUCUGGGUUCUGCCUCAAAAACUGCCCAGCCAACGACCUGGAAUGCGCCCUGAGCACGUACGCCCUGGAGUACAAGCUGGUCUCCGUGCCCUUCGGGAUAGCCGCCGGGCAGGAUUUAAUCCGCCUGGUUGCCUACACUCAAGACCAGGUCAUGCACCCGAGGACGACGUUCGCGAUGGCCGACGAGGACCCGGGCGUCCCCUUCGCCCUGCGGGCCGAGAACCUGAAAGGAGUGGUGUUCACCACGCGGCCGCUGCGGGAGCCCCGCACGUACCGCAUGCGCGUGCGCGCCUCGGCCCGCAGCGCCGGCGGCUCCAUCGAGUACCAGACCACGUUCAUCGUCUACAUCGCCGUGGCCGCCUACCCCUACUGA